AUGGCCCAAGAUCCCCGUGCCCUCCUGCAAAAAGUGAGCUCGCUCCAUGCUCUCCCCAUCUGCUGCAUUCAGGCCGAUAAAACCCUCUCCGGCGCCUCAGGCGGCUUCAGUUGGUUUGGUGGACGGUCCGAGAAAUACGAAAAUGCCGCCGAUCUGUACACCCAGGCUGCUAAUGCCUUUCGAGUACAGAAGAUGAGUGAGAUUCCCCCACGCCGCCACGCCCAUAAGGAAGCUGGUCAAGCCUUUGAGAAAGCAGCUUCCAUUCAAACCCAAAACCUCAACGAGCCCGAUGACGCCGCCAAUACUCUCCAGGAAGCGUUCAAGGUGUACCGCAAAUCGGACCCGGAGGAUGCAGCCCGUGUCCUGACCAGCGCUAUCAAUCACUAUGUACUACGCGGAAACCUGCGCCGUGCCGCAACACAGCAGCAGUAUCUGGCGGAGCUGUACGAGGUCGAGCUCGGUAAUAUGAAGAAGGCUUUGGAGGCUUAUGAGAAAGCGGCGGAAUGGUUCGAGGGCGACAAUGCCGAGGCCCUUGCGAACAAGCACUUCCUGAAGGUGGCGGACCUGGCUGCCCUGGAGGAGGACUACUACAAGUCGAUCACAAACUAUGAGCGCAUUGCCCGUCAGUCGAUCACGAACAACCUUAUGAAGUGGUCCGUGAAAGACUACUUCUUGAAGGCAGGAAUCUGCCACCUCGCCACAAAGGACCUGGUCGAGACUACACGAGCUCUUGAGACUUACCGCGAGAUCGAUCCUGCCUUUGCCUCGACCCGAGAGCACCAACUUCUGGUCGACCUGCUUCAGGCAGUAGAAUCUGGGGACCAGGAAGGCUUCGCCGAUAAGCUCUUCCAAUAUGACCAGCUCAGUAAGCUGGACAAGUGGAAGACUACCCUUCUGCUGCGGGUCAAGAACAAUAUCGAAGAGGCGGAAGAGGACUUCUCGUAG